AUGACUGCCCCUACGUCCAACGCCCCCGACGAGUUUGCGACUAUGCUCAGCAAUGUCGAACCCCCAAUGGUCCCCCCGCAUCGCUCCCAUGACCCCUCCAAUAAUAUGAAGCGCACUGAUCCUUUUAUGUUUGGUUCUCGGUACCUCGAACAAGGCGACGAUGUCUACGAGUUCAACGCCUGGGACCAUGUCGAGCCGGACGAUGAUUUCAAAGAAUUUGCCCAAGGCCAGUACGCUAAACAGCGCGAAGCCCCCGUCUCAGACUACGACAAGCACCGUUUCAACUCGGACCCGGCCAAGUGGUGGAAUCUGUUUUACAAGAACAACACGGCCAAUUUCUUCAAGAACCGCAAGUGGUUGCAGCAGGAAUUUCCUGUUCUCGCGGACGUGAGCCGGAGCGAUGCAGGCCCGCAGGUUGUGUUGGAGGUUGGCGCUGGCGCUGGAAAUACUGCGUUUCCAUUGCUAGCCAACAAUGAGAACGAAGGGCUUAUGGUUCAUGCGUGCGACUUUUCGAAAACUGCCGUCAAGGUGAUGCGCGAAAGCGAGCACUAUGACACCAAGCACAUGGUGGCCGAUGUCUGGGAUGUUAGUGCCGUGCCCACCGAAGAGAACGAUUCAAUGCCACCAGGCUUGACGGAGGGGUCUGUGGACGUUGUAAUUCUCAUCUUCAUCUUCUCCGCCCUGUCGCCGACUCAGUGGAGCCAAGCCUUGAACAACAUCUACCGUGUCUUGAAGCCCGGCGGCCAAGUUCUUUUCCGUGACUACGGACGAGGAGACUUGGCUCAGGUUCGAUUCAAAAAGGGCCGAUACCUGGAUGAGAACUUCUAUAUCCGUGGAGACGGUACACGAGUAUAUUUCUUCGAUCGGGAGGAGCUGGUCCACAUGUGGAGCCAGUGGGCUCCGGGGAGAGAUGUGAUUGUCCUUGAAAAGGAGAGCGAAAAGGCAGGGAGCGAAGAUUAUUCGAAAAUCAACAGCGAAUCCGACGGUGUUUUCGAGAUCGCCAAACUAGGCAUUGACCGACGGUUGAUUGUAAACCGACAGCGAAAACUCAAGAUGUACCGUUGCUGGAUGCAAGGGCAUUUCAAGAAGCGCAUCAAUUCCGCGUCGGCUGAGGAAGAAAAGAAGGAAGCAUCAUGA